UGCAACAAAACAAUGGUGGUCGGGGUUUAAAGGUCAAUGCGGGUCUCAUGGCGUUGCUGGGGGAGACGGAGUGAGCGAGAGCCGACUGGUAGAUAUUCUUCAUGGUUCCGAGUAUGUACUCACCUACGAAGACAAAGAUGGUGACUGGAUGCUUGUUGGUGAUGUUCCUUGGAAGUUAGUCUCCUUUCCUUUCCUUGUUCAAAUAAUGCAUAAUAAAGUUGAAGUCUUUCCCCAGCCCGUUUAAGGAUGGAUAUACUUACCCUUACAAUCAUCUUCUGGUUUACCCUUAUUACCAGGAUGUUCAUCGACUCCUGUACAAGGCUGAGGAUCAUGAAGAGCUCCGACGCCAUUGGCCUAGGUACACCAAGUUGAACUAGAUUAUUGAACUAUUCUCCUUGCACACUGAUUAAUUAAUGUCACAGAGUGUUCCACUUCUCUUUUUGCAGCACCAAGAGCGUUUGAGAAAGUGCAAAAGCAGCAACUAGCUUGACUGAAUGCAGAAACCCUUAUGAUACUGCUGCCAAUUUGGAUUUUGGUUCAUGGAUCCAAACAGAAUCAGGAUCCACACCACUUUUUUGUCUCUACUUUGGCAUAUAUAUAUAUCUCUUAAUAUUGAUCUAUAGUGUUUGUAUUAGAUUCAAAACUUGUUAAGUAAAACCCAAGUUUGCUUGGAUUCAGAUGUGUAUUAUUAUUUGUGCUGAUUUCUGGAUAUCAUCAUAAAUGUGCUCCCCCCUUCUGCCUGCAAUUAUUAUUAUUAUUAUUGUGUGUAAAGUUUGUUUCUUUGCUGCAGCUAGUAGCCUCUCACACUCACUCCUUCGCCCUUUCCUCAUCUUUUCUUUUCCCCCAUUUUUCUGCCUUUUGUCCCUCACUGUGGGCUGUGAAAAGAAGCAAAAGGAAGUGAGAGAGGGAGGGGAAUGGGAAGGUGGAUGGGUUGUUGGGGGACAAAUUCAAUUGCCAAAAGCCCACCAAAUGGGGUAUAGUCUAGUCUAGUCUAGUGCAGUCUAAUACUGGAGAGAGUUGAUGGAUUGAAUGAUUUGAUAGGCGGGUGCAUUGUGGUGCAGAAUUCUUUCUUUUCUUCUUCAGGAACCAAUGGAACCGAGGCAGCCAGGGUGGUGUUGUUUGUCUCAAUCUGUGAAUGGUUAAAAGAGUUGCUGUUACUGUAGACAGAGCUGUGAAUGAUUGUGGAAGUGAAAUUUCUCUGUCUGGUGGAUUCAUGAACGAUCUUUGUGUAAGGGGGAAAUUGAUGUGAUGUGGAUGUGGAUGAAUGAGUCUUCAAUGGGCUGUAAUGUAAAUGAAAUGAAACGAGGUUUUGGCUCCAUUGUUCAGGGGAUAGGUAGGCCGAGGAGGAGUAGAAACAAAACUGGGGAGCAGGUUUUUGGGGGGCCUUUCUUUGUGGCUCAUGUCAGGUAUUUGUCGUUUGGUAAUGGUGGAGUGGAGGUCUUUCAAUGGCGUGGGUGGGGGGACUAAUCAGGGGUUCAAUCUAUCCCAAAAAGAAGAUGAAGGGAUAACUCCAAUUUCAUGUCAUCGUUCUUCCAUUUAAACAAAACUCAUUGAUGUUUCCUAAAGUUGGAGUGACACACAUAAUUUCAUGUUCAAGCCAAGUAAGUCUCUUUGCAUAACAUAUCGACUUCCAUUGUUCUUAGGCGUCUGCAAUCACAAUUAGAGGUUGGCUCUUCGGUUGACUUGGUUCGUUACUUCUUUGACGAUCAAGUAAGUCGGAUGAGUUUUUUAGAAAGAUGAGUGUUAGUGUUCGAUAGAUAAAAAACAACCCUUUGAAAUGCGAUCACCUUCCUACUAUUUUUAGUUGGACAAGUUGUGAAAAUCGUAGUAUAAAUGUGUCGGUUGCUAUCACAAUAUUUGACUUCCCAACAACAAAGUACUAUUGCAGACCAUGUCGGACACCUAACAUAAUAUUUUGUUCUUAACACCUGCACUAUCAUUUGACUAAGUCAGAGAUGCUUGGGAAAAAAUCCAAAACUACCACUGUUAAAAAAAUUACAAAAAUACCACCCAUUCCCAACAAUUUCCAAAAAUACCAGCGUUUAUUAAAAACCGCGCCUCUAAGGGGCGGUUAAUAUAUAAACCGCGCCACCAGGGUGCGGUUUACAUCAGAAAUGGCUGGUCAACAGGCGAUUUUCCAUUUCAGGUAAAACCGUUCCUCAAAGGCGCGGUUUAUAUGGCUUCCCUACCACAAAACGCUUCGUGAGGAAGCGUUUAUUUGUCGGCUUGGUAAACCACACCACCAGGCCGCGGUUUACCAUGUGCAGACAUAAACCGCUCCCCCCACUGGCGGUUUGUGCAAAGUAAACCGCUGCCCCAAGGCGCGGUUUGUGCCUGGUCACCCGACAUCCAACAUAUCGGCAUGCAGGGGGUGGGGCUGCAUGGCAGACCUAACCCCCCUCCCGAUUUGUACUGUAAAAUUCGCCUAUAAAAGGUUGUUCCAGAGAACUCAAAAUCUUCACUCCUCCUUCAAAUUUCAGUUGUGCACCUUUAAAUUAUUUAGUUUUUAUGAUUAAUGUUAAUUCGUAAGUUUGUUUUGUAUUACUUUUCAUUGUCCUUUGUGAUUUUAUGUUAGUAACUUAAUUACAGUUUUAUUGCAGAUGGCAUUCCAAAGGUUCACGCUUGGGUUGCGGUGGAAUGGUUACACGGAAGAGACCGAAAAAGGUGUAAGUUACUUUAACAAAAUACAAAUUACAAGUGAUGAUAAAUAAUAUGUACCUUGUGGUCGUUCCAAACGUCUCUUGAACGAUGAUUGGCUUGAUCGUAUAAAAUAUUGGGAUCAAUCGUACCUUAAUCAACAUAAUAUCGUUGAUUGUAUAUAUCAACAUCCGGCCCAACCUACGAUAGCAUAACAACAUAAAUCUAUUAGUAUAUAAAUUAAAUAAAUCAUUAUAACAACAAUAAUUGGGUAAAAUGAGUACGUACCGCUUGAUAAUCAUCAUAGUAAAUACCCUCUUCUUGGAUAAAAUCGGUCAUUUUUUCAGAAUCCGGACAGAGAUUCGACGGUGUUUUAGUGAAAACCAAAGAAAAAGUGUUUUGAAGGCAGAUCGGACUUAGCCGCAACCAACAAAACAACUAAUUAUAAGGUUUUUGGAUGGGGAGGGGGUGAGUAGAGUGAGGAGUUAUAGAGAGAGAGAGAGGGGGGAAUGUGGGUUUUGAUGUGCAGAAAGUGGGAGGAGGGUGCGGUUUAUAUAGGGACGAAACCGCGUGCUGGAGGGGCGGUUUCGUCUUUUUACCCCACUUAAAACCGCGCCUCCAGCGCGCGGUUUACGUUCCCCAACGCGCAAACCACGCCUCGGGGCAACGGUUUGACUGAGCGACGAGGAUCGCUGAGCUGGCGCGCGGUUUGGCCAUCAGAUCGCCUCCUCAUCGCGCGGUAGCAUGGGCCGCCACAUGGCAACGCGGUUUGACAGAUAGGAAGAGUCAAACCGCGCCUUCGAGGCGCGUUUUGUGUGGAAGGGUGGUAUUUUUGGAAAUUGUUGAGUAUGGGUGGUAUUUUUGUAAAUUUCUUUUUUAUAGUGGUAGUUUUGGAUUUUUUUCCAGAUGCUCGCUUCUAAUUGUUCCCUUCUGUUUUACUUAACAUUUAGUAUCCAUCCAUUUUAUCCAUAAUAGUUUGAACUACAUACCUAAAUCACUCAUAAUUAUCCCUCUGUUUUCAUAACCGGACCGGAGAUUGAACCGGAAAAGUUAGUGAUAUAAAGUUCAGUGGUUAACCGUUACAAAACUGUUGGUAAACCGUUGAUAGAAGCGUUCAUUAUAUAUAAAAUAUAGUGAUAUACGACUUGUAUAUUACACUAAUUUAAGAAUGAAAUCAUCACCAAAAUAUCUUAUAAAUCAUUCAAACCAUCUCACAAAAGAAAUCCUAAUUUUUUUUAAUUCAAAUUGAAAAUUACGGUGUCAGUCGGUAGUGGACAACGUAAAGUCGACAACAAGGUUGGAAAAAUGAGAAGAGGAAGCAGAUGUAAAAUUAAUAAUCAUGGUUUGACGGUCUUAAUUUACGUUAAUGUAUUUUUUUUUAAAAUAUAUUGUGGUUAAAAUAGUGAACAAGUGGACCAGUUAAACCGUGGGGGUUCAUUUGGUUUUAUGUUGAGCCAUGAAAAACCUUUUGGUCUAUCAAUAGCCGUCCAAGCAAUGAACCGGUCCGCUAUCGUAACUAGUUUCACGGUUCUACUGGCCAACUCAUUGAUCUGGUUCAGUUCUUAUAACAAUGGUAUUAAUUGUAUUAGUGAAAAUGAUCAACUAUAAGUCUAUAACUAGAGUUGGGUCUGUCCGUUGGCCGGAUGAAUUACAUCAAAAGUUUAAUAAUUACCCAAAUCAUUUAUUUGAUAUCAUGAAAGAAUCCAGAUUAUUCAAUUAACAAAAAUAUCAAAAAAGCAACACAUAUUAUAAGUUUUACAUCAUCUUGAUCAUUCAUGGACAAAAGUCCUUAUCAAAAGUAAACAACACAACUAAUGAAGAUAAACUAUUACUAAAAAAACUUAAUAUUCAAAACGAACUUCAAGUUACUCUUUGCUUUUAGAAAUCACUACAAUUUUCUUUUUGGAUUUCCUUGUGAUUGUUCUGCCAUCAAAAACAUCUUAUCCACAAAACUUUAUUUUCAUUAAUGAAACUUUAUAUAAACGAUCAAUAGUCUCAUCCUUCUUCUCGUGCAUUUCAUUGAAAACCAACUUUUAGUGGUAAAACGUUUGGAAAUAUGAAACAUCUAUUUCGCGGUAGUAGAAUUUCACCUCAUGCAACGCCAUUAUUUCCAUCACUGAAUUCACUACUUCUGAUAUUAACAUACUUUUCCUACCCUGAAUUUCAUUGAAUGCAAAAAUUUAAAGGAACUUUUUUUUUUAAUUCCAGUUUCAAGAACUUAAAUUUACCCAGUACAGUUCAUGAACUUUUUUCUGAGAUUGCUCUUCUUCGUCAUUCUUUAUCUUCAAAACUGUGUAACUACUUAUAGGGUUCGUGAUGCUGUAAUCGGUGGGCUUUAUCUGAAAAUUUAACUUCAUACUCUUGGUUUGUAUAGGAUGAGGAUGUGAAAGUUCUCUCAUUUUGUCACUAAGUUUGAAUAGUUUCGCAAUAGAUAUUCCAAAAAACCUAGGUUCCUCGAGAUACAAAACAAUAAAGUUAGAUUAAACAAAUGUUGUGUACAACUCACAGCUAAUACUGCUAUAAAAUAACAACAACUGAGAUGCAUUAUUUGGCCGAUUUUUUGUUUGUUUUGUUUUAGUGGUACGCCUUUUCUCUUUGAUGAAUGAACUUGAAUUUAAAAACAAUAGAAGAGUUUACAAUUCUUAUAAAAUUACUCAUCAUAGUCUGCUUCAACUUUUCUUUGCAAGUUUCUAUUAAUAUGAUGUUUCUAACCCAUUUAAUAUCAGAGUUGAAACGAAUGAGAUAUUGUUCGCUAAAUUUGCGAAAAAUUGAAAAUCACUUAACUAUAGCUCUUGAGAUUUGUGCGAGUUGUAACUAAGGAGGUUAUGCACAUUUUGUUCCUUUUAGUGGAUGUUUGAAGAUCCUACUUGAACACUAUUUAGGAAAUUUUAUGAUUAUCCACGGCGAGUAUAUUUUUAGUCGUAGAAUCAAUAAAUAUACUACUCGAUAAUAGUAUGAAUUAACUUAAAAACUCAAAAUGAUACUAAAAUAGUUAUAGCAUAAAAAAAUAAUAUGUUAGUGUUAAAGGAUGUUUUGAUGAGAAUUAUCAUUGCACUAAUAUAAUUCUCUCACUAAUAUUUGAUCAAAAUCAAGCGAAGUUAUGAAAAAAAGAAAGCAAAGUGAGUUGUCGGUUUUCCACUAUAUAUAAUAAAAGAAAACUAUACAUCACAAACCUAGAUCUAAGGUGGUAUGAUCUCAUAAUUUUUUGUCGUUUCCUGAAAAAGAACCUAAAAGUAAAAUUUCUAGAUACUAAUUUAAACUUUGAACUUCUAGACUCUAAAUGGAGAUUGUGAUCUACAUUUCAUCACUUUCAAAGAAAACUAAUAUACCAUAACUGAUUCUCAUUAAUGCGUUAAUUUUUUAUUUUGUAUAUAUUUUUCUAUGGAAAACCUCAAAUUAAAAGUUAUAAAUGAAACUAUUUGGUUUGUUUAGUUAAGUUAAGAAUUAGUUAAUUGAUAAAGUCACAUAUAUAAGAAUUUGUCUCAAACAUUUAACCUUAUAAUAAAAUGUAAUUAAAUAAAAAACUAAACCUAUGCAAACACUCACAAUCUCAGCUAAAAAUAUAAAAAACUAUAUUUCCUAAUUAAUAUGAAUACUAUAACAAUUGAUUUUUAAAAAGUGAACAACGAAAUCUUCUUUCAUUAGUAUAAUCAAGAAAAUAUUAUGUUUGAAUUUUUAUAUAGAUAAUUAGUAAAGUCACACAUAUAAUAAUUUAUCUCAAACACUUAAUCUCAUAAUAAAAUUAAAUGAAAAUAAAAACUAUAUCUAUACACGACAACCUCCGCCAAAAUAUAAAAAACUAUCUUUUUAACUAAAAUUAAUAAUAUAAUAAUUUGUUUUAAAAAAUUUACCAACGGAAUUUUUUCAUUUGUAUAAUUAAUAAAAUAUUUUUGGAGUUUUAAUUAAUUAAAGGACGAAAAUAUCCUUCCCAAAUUUACUCUGAAGACUGAAAAUUUAAAAUUAAACAUGUUCUUAUGGAGAAUCUCUUUAUAUUAGUGAUAGGAUUAUGAUACUUAAAAGACCAAAAAAUUUAGAAUUAAACAUGUUCUCAUGAAAAACUUUUCGUGUUAGGAUUAGCUGCCUCUUCUAAAAUACAAUAUGGCAAAGGUAGCAGAUUGCUUACAUGAUAUGGACGUAAAUACAGGCCCACAACCAAUCUGCAAAAAGUCCAUCUUUCAGGCCUGUCUACAGUGAAGCCCACGCUCCUUCCGGCCCAAGAUGGCGUGGAAUGUCGACACUGUCCCUCACCGAGACUUAUUUCGAGGCUCCAAGCUUAUAAAUACUUCAAGCAGACACUCAAGAUUCAAGAAUCGUGAUCCCUUCUUUAACCGCUACUUAGUUUCAGCAGAAGCCAGGUAGCCGGCGAGGGAUUUUUGGCGGAGGAGCGCUUUCUUCUCUUCAUCGGUACCAGUUUGCUUCCUCUCUCCGAGCAAACCCCUUUUUACCUACGGUCUUGACCGGAAUCUUUUAUCCAGGUUUGUGACCCUCUUGCCCUCUUCCAGUACGUGCAUUAACGAACUACUGAUGCUUCCUAGUUGAACCCUCCCAAUUCCGGCUGCUCAAUCUCUAGUCGCUUUCCGUAGGUUUAUCGUUUCUACAAAUACGGAUUCUAGGUUGUUUGUAGGAGAACGGUGUAACUGGUUUUCAGAGCUUCGUCGAGCGCUCGAAGUCGUUAGUUUUGCUGGUAAUACGCAGUGAGGAGUGUGUCUUUAGGCUUGGAGUUAUGCUCAUCUCCCUCUGUGCCCUAGCUCAAUUUGCUAUGCUGCAUUUUGCACAGAGUGGGAAUUGACGUUGGCGUUCUUCUUAGGGUUUUGUUUUUUUAUUGCCAACGUAAUGUCUUGUAUUGGAGGGUUUGAUUAGAUGUUGAGAUGCGUGAUAAGAUCGCCGAUAACUCAUCUGUUUUUAUGCCGAUGUUGCUUUGUUUAUUCUUCUACAGCUGUGUUCACCAUGGGUUGAUUGGGUUCUUCGAUAUUUUCUCAUGGAUGAUUGAAUUGGCUGUUUUCUGAUCACGGGAUUAUAUGUUCUGUCUGUCUAUGCAAAUCUCUGUUCGCUGGCAUUAUGAUGGCUUUUUAUACCAAGUGAAUGAUUCUGUUCAAAACUUGUUAGCAGGAAGAUGACGCUCGGUGAGGAAGAAAUCACUACGCUGUGGAGGAUCAGAAAUACUGUAUAUCAAAUGCUAAGGGACCGUGGAUACCUCAUUGAUGAAUCCGAGCUUCAUAUAAGCAAAGAUCAGUUUAUUUCAAUGAACGGGCCAAAUAUGAGAAGGGAAGACCUUACAAUCCAGAAAUCUAAGAAAAAUGAUCUCCCGGAUAAGAUUUAUGUUUUCUUCCCGGAGGAAGCGAAGAUUGGUGUGAAAACAAUGAAGACCUAUAUCAAUCGCAUGAAAACAGAGAAUGUCUUCCGGGCGAUCUUGGUUCUUCAACAGAAUAUUACUCCAUUUGCUAGAAUACUUAUAGCUGAUAUAUCGAGCGAAUUUCAGUUCGAGGUCUUCCAGGAGGCAGAGCUGUUGGUCAAUAUCAACGAGCAUGUUCUCGGUUCUACACAUGAAGUGCUUAACGAUGAGGAAAAGAAUACUCUGCUAGAAAAACGCGAACGAAACACAGCUGCCUCGGAUCCAGUUGACUGAUUCUGGAGGUCAAGUGGUGAAGAUUAUCAGGCCAAGCGAGACUGCUAUUCCAAGGCAAAAUGGUUGAAUUGCUUGGAAUCCUCUGUUCCUUUUCCCUCUUUGGGUGCUUUUUGCUCUGAUUUCUGUGGAUGCUGUGAAUUUUAAUGCUACCUGUCUCCAGGAAGAGAGAUUUUGAUCCCUAAUGUUAGGCAAGAUGUCAAUGAGUAGAUAAAGAACAAUGAUGCAUUGAUUUUGUCUUGUUUGAUUGGGAUUACAUUAUGACACAAGUUUUUCCUACGAAGUAUAAGACAAUAAAUAGAUAAUGGUCCA